CGGGCGCAACUAUAAGACGGUUAAUGGAAGAAGAGGCUAGACCAGACAGGCCUGAUAAAUAAUAAAUGAAUACAGAUAAUUUGAAUGCCUAAUAGAGUAGUAAGCAAAUAUUUCCCACCUGAGACUGAGACUGGGAUGGAUGAUAGUCUAUCUGAAUUUCAGGAAAAAAAGAAGUUCAACAAUGGUCCAAAGAAUGUAAAGAAAACUAGGAUUACUAAGAAACUAAAACGUACAAGAGGUCAAAAGGAUAUAAGAGCAUUGAUUAAAAAACAAGAAAAUGAUGUGUUUUCAUAUUCAAAGGAUUUUGAUAAAGUAUGUAAGCAAGUUGGAGUUGAUGUUGAUACUGAGGAGUUGCAAUUAGCUAUUGCGUUAUCAAAGUCACUAAAUAAAGAAGUUAAAGAGGCUGGCUCAGAAAGUGAAACUUUAAGCGCUGUGCAAUGCUUAACAUCCCAACAAAGAACAUUAAGAAUAAAAACAACAUUACAAGAAUAUGGCUUUAGAGUUCCUAAAACAAAAAUAACUGAUCCAAAUAGAAAAAAAAAGUGCUGCAAGCAAUAUAAACUACUACUGAUAUCUGAUGCAGAAAGACAACAGAUUAUCUCUGAUAAGUAUUCUGAAGUAUUAGCAGGAAACAUCUUUAAAUCACCUGCAAAAGUUUUAGGGUGUGAGUAUAAUGACAGAGAGCUUUAUUACAGAACAACUAAUAUUCCUUAUGAGUAUAUAAAAAGUGAUGAUGUUUAUUAUGUAAAAGAUUUAUUUAGUAAACCGGACCAAAAAACUUGUGUUUUAAGAGAUUGGUCAGAAAUACCUGGUAGACCAUUAAGUCCUACAGUUGAAAUAAAAAAUGUAAAUUUUGAUGACAUAAUAUGUGACCAACAUGAGCUGGAUUGCUUAUUAAGUGGAACUAUAUUAACAGCUCAAAAGAUUAUAGCUAAAAAAACUGAUAUUUCUUUCAAUAAUUAUAUCACCAUAGAUAACAAGGUCAAAAUAAGACAGGAUGAACCUGAACCCUUAGAAAACAAAGAUAGAUGCAAAGACAAUGGUGAAAGUGAUAUUAAAUUAUUCAAAGGAUCCGAAUUUAUGAACUCAAAUGCCAUGUCACAAGUGAGAAGUGUAUCUCCUGAUCUUUUUGAUGAUGAACCAUUCACAGUAAUGGAAUGUACAGAUAUUGAUAUGCAUGUUUCAAGACAGACAGUUUCAAUGACUGAAAAUGUUGUCACAUAUUGUAUGGACUUGACAGAAUGUGUAAAUGUUGAUAUCAAUACAUGUAUUCAAACAAAUCAACACACUAGUAAUAAAAUUAACAUCACUAAUAGGAAGUCCAAUGAUUUUAUGGAAAUAACUAAAUGUGUGUCCACAAGUUUGAAACAAGUAAGUGUUGAAAGAAUUGACCUUACACAAAAUUUAAAUAUUCCUAACAACCAAAGUAGCAAUGUUCUCUCCCAGAAUGAAAAUAUAUCUAUUAUGGAUCUUACUCAAGUUCCAGAUUGUCAAGAGAAAGUAUGGGAUUCAAAAAAAGAUAAUUCAUUUAAUGACACAAUAAUAUUAGUAGAUGAUGAUAUAAAUAAUUUUAAACUUCAACCACAAAAGAACAAUUUUGCAAUAACAGAAAUCUCUGAACCAAUAUGCAUUGAUGAUAUGAUCAAUUGUAAAGAAAAUUCUGAUAAACGUGAUUGUGAUGAUAAUUUAAAUUUGAGUACUACUGAUUGUAAAACUAAAACAAAUAAGCAAAACUUUUUUAAAAAUUCCUGUGAAAGUCUGGUAACCUUUAAUGAUAAAACUAAUUUUGAAAAGACUUCAGACAAAUCAAAAAACGACUCUGGUAUGGAAAAGGAAGAAGACCAACUUACAGAUUCCAGUCAAAACAACUGGGAUAGUAAAAGGCUCUCAUAUAGAAAUGAAGAUAGAAGUGGCCAACCAGAUGAAAUAGACUUAACGCAGGAUUCUAACUCGUCUAGAGGAGAGACUGAUCAACCAAUUUUGAAUUAUACAACAAGUCUUGGUAAAAUAGAUAACAUCUCAAUUGAUUAUGAUGAAAUUCAUGACGAUAUUGCGAACAGAAGCAAUUCACAAACUUCUUUUAAAUUAAGGACUUUUAGAAACGAAGGCGAUUCCAUAGAACAGGAAACUUAUAUGUCUAACAUGCAUAAUGUAUCAAAACCUAUUGAGAAUUCUAAGGUAUUUAAAUUUUCAAGUAGUGAAUAUAACUGUUCUUUAGAUCAAUCUAAACAUGAUAAUUUUGACUUGAGAGAUAUAAAAGUUAGGGAAAAUGAAAACACUUUGGGUGAAAAGGAACCUAAUACCUCCAACAAUGAUAUUAUAUCAAAUCCAAGUUUAGAAAUAUUUGAAAUUUCUGAUAAAGAAUUGAACUAUUCGUUAUAUAAGUCUAAACAUGAGACUUACGACCUUGGAGGUUUACCCAUAAUUAGUAGUUUUUCAGAUUUUGCAAGUAACUCUAUAAUGGAAGAUGCUCAUAAUAAUUGUGGCAUAAUAAAUAGAGCAUUAAGUGAAGAAAACGUUAUUAGUCCAUAUACAGUGACCAAAUCGCGUAAAUUCAAUUUAAGUAUUGAAACAUUAACUCCAACAAGAUUGCCAAAUGAAAAUAUAAAUAAUGUAUUACAAACUCCUAAAAACAGUGAUUUCAUAAUAAAGACUAAUGAAGUAACUCCAAUGCUUGAUUAUGCAUCAAUGUCUUCACCCGAAAGACACAAGGAACUGGAAAAAUAUGGACUUAAACCUUUUAAAAGAAAAAGAGCUGUUCAAUUACUAACAUAUCUGUACAAUCAAACUCACCCCCUAGUAGAGUCCCAUGACGAUUGUCCAUCACCAUCAAAGCGACAAAAGAAGGAAGAUAAAACACUUAACUCGCCAACAAAAUCAUCUGCAAUUUCACCUUUAGACUCUAUAAGUAUGACGUCUAAAGCACCACUCAAAGGAUCUGAACCAGAAAUUAAUUUAGCAAACGACUUAUAUGCUAUUACAAAUGAACAGCCUGAUAUUAGAAAUAUUGCAUGUGAAGCAGACGAGUGGGUCUUUCAGAAAAGGGAGAAGGCUAAGCUGCAAUCAUGCAGGGUUCCUUUGCAUAUCGCUUUCCACAACUAUGUUACAUGUCGGCGGAGAUUAAGGGAAGCUAUAUUACGUUAUGAACCAGUGAACAUUGAUGUUAUACAUAAGAACUUGGUUGCAACAGGGUACAAGUACCAUCCCAAGGAUCUUUUGAAGUUUAUGGAUAGAAAAUGUAUAACAGUGAGGACUGCAGACAAUAAUUCGAGAAAUAGAAAAUCAUAGCAUUUUUAAUUAAUUAUGUUUUUAUUAGACAACUUUAAAUAUAAUAUAUUUUAUUACUUAUAUAUAUUUUAUUAUAUACUUAUUGUUUAUGCACAAGGACAAACGGGUACGGAGACAAAAUAAAACAAAUAUGAAACUAUAUAAAACAGUUAUAAUUAAACAAGUAUUUACAUACAAUUUUACACAAAUUCAUAAGUGUUAUACAGCACCAUCUGUUCAAGCCUUACUGACUAUUUACAGCAGAAAUUAUUACAUGCCAACAUUUCUUUGCUAAUAACUUAUUAAUUUAAGAAACAGAUCAAAUACAAUAUUUGAGAAAAUAU